AUGUUUUCUGAGCCAGAAAUUUGGUAUAAGAGAGCGAUCAAAAUAAAGAGUAGGGCGAAGGCUAGCAACCAAUGUGUCAUAGAAAGUACUGCAAAAGAUAUUUCAGAUUGGAUUCCUUAUUUAACCAUUAUUUUAUAGCCUGCAAUCCAGAAGAAAAGCAAACCAAUGAAAGCUAUUAGGUGA